AGAGAAAGGGGAAAAUGGGAAUGUUGGAAAGGACACAGAGAUGGAGCCCCACAGGAUUCAGCUGGGAGGAACUUUAGCAAGCACAGUGUGAUCUCCUUAUGGAAGCCCAUUGGCACCACAUGGGUUCAUGGCCGAGCUAGGUCUCCUGACUUCCAGGCCCACCUUCCCAGGAAUGCUCCCAUUCCAUUCCUCACCAGCCUUGGGAGAAGGGAACCCGAGAAGGCAGAUGUGAAGGAAGGAAGAAACAGAAGGGGGCAGCCAGUCUUGAGGAUGGAAAGACUAGGUUUCGAGGGCCUUUCUCUGGGUAGGACCCCUGCACCUCACUACUUCUUAGGCUACUUCCUCCAGCUCCCCUCAAUGGACUCCUCCAAAGUCACCCAGAUGCUAGUUCUGAUCUGCACAGAGAGCACGACCUUUCCUUCUGGUUCCCAUAUUUAGCCUAGACUACAGGCCUUCUGGACUCAACGUCUAGGACUUACAGCUGUUAGUCCCUAGUCCCAGGUGCAGUCUCCCUGAUCUACCCUGGACAUCUGCACUGCUGAGCCCCCCACCCUCACUCGAGGGUGGUCAGCCUGUGGGAUGGGCCAGGAGCAGAAGGCCUGUGUGUAUAGCGUAUGGGGGUGGCCCUUGGGCGUGUGUGUGUGUGUGUGUGUGUGUGUGUGUGUGUGUUCAUGAGGGGGCCUGGUUUCCCAGGGCCCAGGGAUCUGGAUGGAAUUAGGGGCUGGCCCUGGCAGGGGCCAGGAUGGGGAGUGUAGGGGUGCUGGAGCAGGAAACGUGAGCUGCGCUCAUUAGCCCCUCACGUGCUCAGCCGGAUUUAUAAACACAAGUAGAAGGGGAUGUAAACAAUCAGUGGGCAGCAGCCAGAGGCAGAGCUGGGACUGGGGACCAAGGCUGGGGGAUGGGUCUGGGAUGCAGCCUGAUGGUAGCCUCCACCUGCAUACCAUGAGCUGGAGAGGAAAGUCAAGAGCUGGGCUCUAGCAAUCUGCCCCUGGGCACUGGGAGCCUCGGGCUCAGUGCUCACACUGAGCUCAGGUGUCCAGGCCUUCCAGCUUGGCUGCCUGAGAUAUGGGUACAUCUUGCCCAAGAUCAGAGCUGCCAUAGGACAGAGCAGAGCCCUCUACUUCACCUGCCCCUUUCUCCUCUGCUGACCUCCGCUCUGAUCCCUACGACUCCCGACUCCCAUGUGCUUCUUUCUGCUUCUCUCUAGGACUGGUCAGUAGGCUCCUUCUGUUCUCCUGUGUCCCCCCACCCCCCAGCCUGCAGUGACACGGUUACCUCAGAACUGAAAUAUUCCUGGAAACACCGGCCUGGUCUGGUUAAUUUCAUGAGCCGUUUUUCUGCCCAGAUGACUUAGCUUUUGUUUAUCCAAAGGCUUUUUCCCCCCUGUUGUCCCAGUGUAAGGAGCUCUUCUCCCCAGGGAUGUCCCACAGGGCCCAGGAAGGGAGGGGGAGACAUGCUUCAGGCUGGGCUCCUGACUGUACCUCCUGUUAUGGGACAGACAGAGCCUAGUCCAGGAUUUUCUGGAUGACAGGGCUGCCUCCGGCAGGGUGGGGUGAAAAGGCCAGCCAAGCCUCUACUUUCUGCUUUGGCAGGACUUUGGCAAUGCCACUAACUUCCAGCAAAGGCAUACUCCAUCCUAAAAGCUGUUUUGAGGCUGGAAGAGCCACUUAUCAUGGUCUCUCAAACUAACCCUUCAUGAUACCCACAGGGUCCUACAGGAGGCUUAGCCACAUGCUCAGGGCUGAGUACAGAGGAGGAGGACUUGGACAUAUUUGGGGAUUCAAUGAUCAAGGACUAGAAAGGAAAAACAGUCAGGUAAGAAGUAGGGAAAGGACCAGGGAAGGAACACCGGCUGCAGAUAGGAGAGAGAAAAGUGGAGCCUGUUUGCCCAGGAAGCAGUUAAGUGUCUGACCCUGCUGUCUGAAAACACAUGUGAACUUACACACAUAUGUGCACGUGUGCAUGUGCGUGUACCCGCUCUCACACAUACACACACACUCAAAGAUCCUUUCAUUCCAAAGACCAGGGGUCCUAUGCUCCACCUGCAGAGCUAGCUAGCCAGCUAGUCAAGCACCUGCUAGUCUGCCCUGAGUGUUUGUGCCAUAGCAAAAAGCCUCGGCUGCCUCCUGUAUUCUCAAUGUGAUAGACCCUCUAAAGCCCUAAAGACUGAGCAUUAUGACAGACUCUAACCCUAAUCUAGUCUUCAUGCCUUCUUAACGCCACACCCUAUCCCCAGUCUGAAUACAGUCAGGUUGUUAAGCCGAUCCACUUGUUUCUACGAAACAUGUCAUUAUAGAAAAAUCUGGAAGUAUGAAAUGUAAACUAGAGGAAAGAAACCACUUGAUCUCAUACCUAUCUAAGCUUAAAAUCCAAAAUAGCCCUGCUUUUUGUGACAUGCCAAACACCAUUCUAUCUGACGUGUAAAGCAACAAAUUCACAGAUCUUGAAGACAAACCUUCUGCCUGCCCAGACCUAACCACAACCCCCUCCUGGACUCAAAUCUCAACCACACUCAUUCAACCAAAUCCCAAAUCUAAAUUCAUCUGAAAUGUUAAGACUAACCUAGUCCUCAAGUCUAACUUAGCCCAUUGGUAAUUACACUCCUACCCUGACCUAGCCCAGAUAGGCACUGAUUUUGAUCUUGGACCUCACCUAAAAAGCCAUUUAGAAAAGCACGUUUCCCACCUGACUCUGGCCCUUUUCCCAGCCUCAACUCCUGGCUUCUGGGACUCAAACUCUCCACUUUCUUUUGUGGCUCAGCCUGCCUCUUUAAACUCUCCUCUUUCCGCUUGAUGCUCUCCCAGUAAAGAUAGGCAAGACACCGGCAGGGCCUGUUGGUACAAGCCCAGCAUCCCUGCUACUCGGGAGGCUGAAGCAGGAAGAUCAUAAGUUCACAAGUAGCUUGGGAGACUUAGGGGGACCCUGUCUCAAAAAACAGAGAAGGGCUGGGGCUACAGUUAGGUGUUAGAACACUUGCCUGCAUGAACAGGCCCUGGGUUUAAUCCUAGCGCUACUGGAAAAAGAAGUAGAGGAAAUCAAACUUGUACAUUGCUACUAAGGGGAAUGCUAUGUCCUCUUAUACUUCAACUAACCCCAUCCUCCCCUCACAACACCCAGAAAACACCGUAGUGUACACCCGCCACCUCUAAUCCACCAACCAUCUUGGACCCUUCAGCUUGACCUUGGCUGUGGAACCUUGGCUUUUCACUCUUGCACAGGGCUCACUGCUCGCAGCUUGCCAGAGCUAACAUAUGCCAUAUCUCCACCCCCUAGUUCCUGCGGCAGUGGGACUAGUUCCUGCAAGGCAUGGAGAAGACGCCGGGACACAACUGGGACUCCAGCGUAUUGAUACAAAGUCCCUAAAGCCUGGCCUGCCCCUCUGAGUACACACAUGCAUACAUAUUUGGCACAUAUAGGGACAUACAUGCCAAAGACUUUUAGCUGACAGAUGCAGUCAAGUAUCUACUGAUAGACAUGAAUGCCAGGACUUACAUACUCCCACAUACACUCCUGGACCAGCAGUGUUACCCUCCCCCUCCCAUCUGGUCUCUCACCCCCCUUCCUAGCCCAAGGUGGGGACAGACACCUGAGGGGCUGCCAGCUGUUCCCCACUUGGGCCAGGGCCCUCCCUCAUACUUCUUAACCACCCUGUCCACAGGGGACUCGUGGGGGAUGCUAGCUUGCCUAUGCGCAGUGCUGUGGCACCUCCCUGCAGUGCCAGCUCUUAAUCGCACGGGAGAUCCAGGCCCUGGCCCCUCCAUCCAGAAAACCUAUGACCUCACCCGCUACCUGGAGCACCAACUCCGCAGCUUGGCUGGGACCUACCUGAACUACCUGGGGCCCCCCUUCAACGAGCCUGACUUCAAUCCUCCUCGGUUGGGGGCAGAGACUCUGCCCAGGGCCACUGUCAACUUGGAAGUGUGGCGAAGCCUCAAUGACAAGCUGCGGCUGACCCAGAACUAUGAGGCCUACAGCCACCUCCUGUGCUACUUACGUGGCCUCAACCGUCAAGCUGCCACAGCUGAACUUCGGCGCAGUCUGGCACAUUUCUGUACCAGUCUCCAGGGUCUGCUAGGCAGCAUUGCAGGUGUCAUGGCAGCUCUUGGUUACCCACUGCCCCAGCCUCUGCCAGGGACUGAGCCAGCCUGGGCCCCUGGCCCUGCCCACAGUGACUUCCUCCAGAAGAUGGAUGACUUCUGGUUGCUGAAGGAGCUGCAGACCUGGUUGUGGCGCUCAGCCAAGGACCUGAACAGGCUGAAGAAGAAGAUGCAGCCUCCGGUGGCGCCAGCCACCCUGCACCUGGAGGCCCACGGCUUCUGAUCUCUGACCCUUAACGCCCCCACCCCCAUCCCCAGUCAGCUGUGCCUCCAUUCUGGGGUGAAAAAACCUGAGUACCAACAUUUGUUGAGCCGGGAAACAGACAGUGGGAGCUCUGCCCUCCUUGGCCUUGGAUGGGAAGUGUAGGCGUGUAGCUUGAUAAGCCCUGUCUCCUGACUAGCUCCUGGGGUCCUAGGGUCUGGGAAGAAGGUCCAGUGGGUACCACCCUGUUAACACAGAGGUAGCGCUUGAGGGAGCUGAAUGGCUCAGGUGGCUGUAAAGGCUCUCCCUCCUGCUUUCUGCUUGCCACUUGCCAGUACCCACUCAGUUCCUCAUGUGGCACUUGCAGAAGCACACCUGAAGGGCAUGGGUGGGGGCCACUGUAGCAUGUGCCUUGCUGGGGUAAAGACUCUUGGCUUCCCUCCCUCUCCUUGGAUGGGUGUUGCUCCCCUACCCUAAUAACUACAUAUCCUGUUCAGGAAGCAAGGCAACCAGUCUAAAGAAGAGUGUGAUAGAAGGUGGAGGGGGUGGGGCUAUGCCGGAGGUGGCCUAGAAACCAGAUGUAAUAUUAAAAGAAAAGGCCAGGGACAGACCAGCCCCAGCAGUCACCAAGGCAAUUGGUGGCACAGGGCGGGAAGCAAAGCCAUGUUGAGCAUCAGGACCUUGCCUUGAAUUUUCUUGCCGGCAUCUCGGUGCCUCCUCUCUGCCCCCUUUCCCAGGGUAUCUGUGGUUGCCUGGGCUGGGGAGGGCAGCCAUAGCCACAGCCACAGGGUUUCCUGAAAGUUUACAUUGCAGUAGCAUUGUGGGGUGAGGGGGAUGGCUCCCCCAGGCUCUAUCCCCAGCCCACCCACUCAUGACUCUAAUUUUGUUGUAUUAAUAUUUAUUUAUUUGGAGAUGUUAUUUAUUAGAUUAUAUUUAUUGCAGAAUUUCUAUUCUUGUAUUAACAAAUAAAAUGCUUUCCCCAGAUCGUG